ACGAUCCCCCUUAAGAAAUGCAAGAAAGACUGCCCCUGGUGCGGAUACUCUGGAGAGGAUGUAGUGUACGAGCAUGAGCCAACAACGGCGUUCCAAAAGUGGUGUCGUGAAGAACCUUCAAAAGAUCUGCAACAAUAUACACGGACCUACGAGGCCAUCAAAGUCGAGAGAGUUGUAAAUAUCCUGAUGAGGGCGGGUGCAGACUAUAGGGAACUUGGGCCCCAUCUCUGGGAGUGGCACUUCGCAAAUCCAUCCUCAGCCACUGCACACGGCGGUUUCAAAGCAGGUCUUUAUGGACGAGUUAACAAGAACGGUUAUUUUCAAGCUACUGACACUAACGUUGACCCAAGUGCAAAGCAAUCCCGUGUGCUCAACCCUUAUUGCAAACGCAUUGUCACGGUGCGCGAACUCGCUCGGUCACAAGGCUUUCCCGACAAGUUUGUGUUCCAAGCGGAAAAUGAUCGUGUCAUGACGAUGCACAGGCAGAUUGGUAAUGCCGUGCCAUGGCCGGUUGCAAUGGCAAUCGGCCGCGAGUUAAGGAAAGUGCUGGUGAAGAAGUGGUCGAAAGAGCGUGAGGACGUCAUGGUGGUCGAUUGA